CUCCCUCUUCCGUACUCCCCACUUCGCACCUCCUAUUUUCUUUCCUCGCUCCCAUCUCUCCUCCCCUCCGUCCCUCCACUACCUCCCCGCCCUCACGAGGCUCGCCGCAGACCUGCUAGACCUCGCUGACGCCUUCGGAGUGAGCUCCUUCGUGCUGGCGGCGCCAGAGACCGCGGGCGGCGCAGAGUGGCUCGCCGAGCUGGCGGCGCUGCUGCCGGAGGCGCGGUGCCCGGGCCUCUGGCGCGGACCUGCCGCCGGCGAGGGCGAGAUGGAGACACGGUCGCGCUUUUAUGAGCUUUUGGCCCGCUUGGCGGCGGUCGAGGCGUUGCAAGCGCAGGCCACCCCGCGGGGACGGCGCGGCGGGCGGGCGGGGCGCCGAGCCUCUGCGAGCGGGCCGGCUUGAGCCUCUGAGGGCCUCCUCUCUCCGGCGAGGCGGGCGCUCCGCCGGCGCCCUCGCGCGCGG